AUGAGCGACGCCUACUCCAAGCUCAAGGUGGCGCAGCUAAAGGCCAAGCUCAAGGAGCGCGCUCAGUCGGGUGCGGGCGAGAAGGAGGAUCUCGUCCGCCGGCUGCAGCUCUGCGACGCUGGCGACAAGCACGCCUUGCCCGACGGCCGCAACCCCACCACGCUCAAGGCGGCCGAGUUCCGCAAGGCGCUCGCGUCGCAUGGCCUCCCGUGCGAUCUGUCGAUCAACACCCGCGACGAACUGAUGCAGAGCCUCAUCGACGCGCUGAAGUCUGAAGGCGGAGGGACGUCGGCCGAGGCUGGCUCCUCGGCCGGCGGAGGGGGCGGCGGUGAGGAUGCCGACGAGCUGGCGACGCGUCUCGCCCUCCAGGUGCUGGAGCUGGGCGAGGCCGGCAACCCCGAGGGCGUGUUGUCUCUGCUCGGCGCCGCAAUCACGCGCGCAACGCCAUUCGCCGCACAGCGCAAGGCGUACCUCAGCCUCGCGCGCAUCAUCCACCCCGACAAGCUGCCCAAGCUGGGCCAGGCGACCAAGGCGUUCCAGCACCUCGUGCGCGCCUUUGAGGUGCUCACGGCGCCAGAGGCGCCGCCGCAGGCCGCCAAGGCCGCGGCGAGGGCACACACCGCCAUCUCUCGCUCCAACGACGGCUGCUUCAAGACGCAUCUCUUCUGCCCGCGGUGCAAAUCGCAGUGGGGAAGCGCCGACUCGGGCGGCCUCAAAGUGUACUGCUGCGCCCUCUGCCUCUGCGACUUUGGCUGCAUGACCGCCGAGCACCGCUGCCCGCUCUGCCGCAAGCCGUUCGAGUACCACCCCCGCGACUACCACCGGCAGGUCACCUGCGGCAACGCGCGCUGCUCCGGCACCUUUGGCUUCUGGCUCUACCACGUGCCGGCCCGGCCUCCGCCGGGCGUGAGCAGGGAGGAGCUCGCCGAGCACUUGGGGUGCUGCACCGACAAGAAGGCGCACGCCGCACACGCGGCGGCGGUCGCGGCGGCGGGCGAGAGGAGGGCGAAGAAGGCGGAGGCGAGGGAUGCACAGGCUGAGGCUCAGAACCUGGCGGUGUGGCAGUUUCUGGGUGGCGACGACUCGCAGGCGUGGCUGCUCACCGACACGCAGCUGCGGGCGGUGUGCGCGGCCAACGGCCUCACCCCGCGCGGCGACUCGACAUCGGACCUUAUCCAUCAGCUCGAGGCAUCGGCCUACGCCGGCGAAGAGGCGUCGGAUGGCUGGCAGCCCGAGGAGUCGUCGUCACGCCGCAAGCGCGCCGCCGCCGGAAAGAGCUACAAAGAGGAGAGCGACGACGACGACGAGUGA